AGGUAUCUCAACACUCAGUUCAUCAAGAAGAACAAACUAACAGAAGCAGACCUACAGUACGGCUACGGGGGAGUGGACAUGAACGAGCCGCUCAUGGAGAUCGGAGAGUUGGCGCUAGAUAUGUGGAGAAGGCUAAUGAUCGAGCCCCUUCAGGCUGUCCUCAUCCGGAUGUUGCUUAAUGAAAUCAAAAACGAUCGUUGUGGCGAGAACCCCAACCAGAAGGUAAUCCACGGGGUCAUCAACUCCUUUGUUCAUGUUGAACAGUACAAGAAGAAGUUUCCACUAAAGUUUUAUCAGGAAAUCUUCGAAGGGCCAUUUCUGACAAAAACGGGAGAGUAUUACAAACAGGAAGCCUCCAAUCUACUGCAAGAAUCCAACUGCUCACAGUAUAUGGAGAAG